AUGAAGAAUGUUUCUCCGGAUGACGGCACAACCAGAUCUCCUGGGGUUGAUCCAAAGAACCCUCUACUUGUGGUAGAAGAAGUAGAAGAAGUAGGCAGAGCCAAUAAGGCGAGGGCCUCGUGUGAGUCGCAAGACGCUGCGAAAGAAGCUUCCCACACAUGUCACACCUCCAACCACAGCAUGGAGAAUCGUUCACCACCAAGACGGCAGAGGAGGAAUGAUCAGGAGGCAGUGAUUGAUCAGAUUGUGCAAUUCUGGAAUCAUCCUGCACUGAAGGAUGUGUCACCGGCUCAAAAACAAGACUAUUUGAUGAAGCAACAAGGGAUUCGGAAGGACCAAAUGGACAUGGCAUGGGAUCAGAUCAAUUUGACAUCAUCCCUGAAAGUACAGCAGCCACUGUUACCACCUCCUACUACACGACAAUCGACACCACCAACUCACGAAAACACAAAUAUUAGCACAGGUUCUCCACAACAUCCGCUUGUUUCCCCACACUAUAACCACAAUCACUACAGAAAUCGCAUUACUACAAGUUCCACCACAAGAAGAAGAGCCGAUGAUAGUGUCUCCAUCAGCCGCCUUGUGGCGUUCAGCGCCACUAUAGGAGGUUUCUUGGGAUUGCUGGCGGCCGCCACGAUUCGGUGGUUCAAUGGGGGUGAUUUUCGUCUCUCCACAUCCAAUCAUAAUACCAAUACUACUACUCGUAUUGCUGUUGCUUCCAGUUGUGAUCCUCCUGGUAACCGACAUGCCACUAGCCGUGUGACUUCCAGUGAUCCUCCUGGUGACCGACAUAGUACCACUGCAAUGUCCAGGACACAAGAGGAUGAUGAAGAUUGUGACGAUAGUAGCACACUGGAUGACACUAUCCCAGACCAGGCCAUCCGGAGCCUUUCGGAAACUCUCCAACAACAUGUCACUGUCGAGCAACAAAUCUUGCAACGUCUAGCGUCCAGCAAUGGUGGUUGCGACCAAGAUGGUGCUGCUGAAUCCAACAACAUCCACGACGACACGAAACAGCAACAAGACCACACCGAUAAGGUUGCAAACUACAAAACAACGAAACAUCCUCCUCCAACUUCAACAACAGCAACAACAACGACACUCCUCCAACAUCCCAUGCUGUGGUACAAACUGGCAGAAAUUCAAGUCCAACUGGCAACUCUCAAACAUUAUAGGCAUCUUACACCAUCCACCAAUAAUCAAAAUAGCCUGACGGGCAAACAACUCGAGGAGACACUGAUGCUAUUGCAGACCAUGCUGCACGGAUUGCAGCCAACUACCAAACGAGUAAUACUUUGUAAGGAGGAGGAGGACGGCAGUGACAGCAUCAUUGACAAGGCAAUCAGCUUUGAAACAGUGACAACCGUACAAACGACAGAAUCCAAGACGACACCGAAUCAUCAUCCACCAACAGGUCACGGGGUAGAGACGGCAUCGACGCAGCCUCUGCUGUCCGAUGGUUCCGGAAGUCCAUUUCUAUUCGAUGACGACGAGGAACAUCCGGAGAACAGCUUUCCGUACAUUGGUACCGUGUUGUCACCAUCCUGCGAGAUGGAGGAGGAUGAUAACGAUGAGACGACGACGACGUUAUCCGUAACCUCCAAGUUGCGCGAGGCAUUGACGAAUCUGGUGGAACAGAAUGCACACCAACCAGAGGCACUCAAGGCAGCGAUUCAUAUGCUGUACCUGUACAUUAGCAAUCUACCCACCAAUCCUCAUGCACCACGGUAUCGUUUGAUCUUUACGACCACGAAAUCGUACAAGAUGGUACACCAAUUGCCAGGAGCCUACGACCUCUUGUGCACAUUGGGGUUUGUCGCGAGACAGGACGGGCGCGUAUUGGAAUGGUUACCAGAACAGCUCGUGGCAGGAGACUCUUCCAUGACGACACAGAGUCGAGAAGAUUUGCUAGAAUGCUAUCGUGUCCGCGAAGCCGGCGCCGCUUUGACCAUUCUGCGAAAGAUUGGACCUCGGGCUACGGUGGACAAGACCCAACGAGCCACGCAGUAUUGGUUGAAAAAGGCCCUGGAGGUGCUUCCGGAGAAAGAGCCCCAUGAGAGCAUGGUUCGACAGUUGUUCCCAACCAAAUAA